CUAAUCAAGUUUUUAAUGGGAACUUUAAUGUCGAGAAAAUAGUAAUAGUUCAUUAUUCUCGUUAUUGUGUAAAUUUCCCGCAUCUUGUUUGGUCUCCAUUUUGUAGCAGUGAGACAGAUCGUAGGACAUUGGUUGUCCCGCUGGUUGUGGGCGGGGCCUACGACGAGCAGGUGUGUCUCACUGUGAGGCCGCAAAAGGUGACCAGGCUACAACACCAAGGAAAAGGUUCACUCCUUCCCUCCUCUCAUACCACCUUUCCUUGACAAUAUAUGCCUUUAUAUAAAAAUAGAAGCUAAGCCAGUUCCAGAGGGAAGGAGUCUAAUUAACAUUCCUUUCCUGCCAAUCUGAUCGAACUAGACUGUGACACUUCGCUCUCUGCACCUCACAGCUCGGCAGCGUUGUCUCUGCAGUCGUUUCCACAAAGAGCCCUCUGUUUAUCCCCGUUUUGCAGCUCUGGUACUGAACAACACUGUGGCUCAGACCGCCUGUUCCUGUUACCCCCCCCAUCCCUCUCCCCUUGAAGAGUCUUGAGGGCCGUCAUCCCCAUCACCACGAGGAGAGCCCUUCGUUUUCUCGGGCCAGGACGGCGUCCACUCAGCGGCUGACGGGGGGACAGGUCGAGUGUCUGGAGCUGCUUAUAAAAGACACGGCGUUGACGCCUUGCCUGGCACGCACAGCUGUGGUGGGGCACAGCUGGAUGUUAAGCCGAACCUCACACAUGCUGAGUAGAUUUUUCCGAUGUGGAGUAACACAUCCAAUGUCUUUUUAAAUAGCAAUGUUUAUAACAAUUCUUGGUGUUAAAGGUAAAAAAAAAAACAAGGUCUCAAAGAUAAAUAAAACAUCAUGACUGAAUCACUUUUUAAACUGGCCCCUGAUGGACUGUACAUCCGGCUCCGGAGGACUACAGGAACAGCGCUCUGUGCAUCGCAGCGGGUUCAGGUCGAGCUCCGACCACUCUUGUGUUUUCAACGGUCAGCAUGAACGCUCCUGCACAGGUGAAUUGGUACUUCAGAGGGAUUACCAACACAACGUUCCUCGCUGCCUUGCAGUACGGCCUGACGAACCCUAACCGCACUACGGAUGCCCCAUAACAGCCGAUAUCAAGCUCUCAGGUACUCGACCAACUGCAAAAUGAAAUAUAAUCUGCCGAUUUCUGCUGUUUAAAUAUACUUUUCUCAUUAUAAGGAAUUUCAAUACAACACAUUCAAGGACCGCGUGGAUUGAAGUUGCGUGUCAUCCAUUUUCCAAGUUUCAUCCCUGCAACAACGUUUAUGGUGGCGCUUCCAUUGUCUCCAUGGUAACGGUGGAGCAAUGGAUAGUGGAUACUGGAUUUCAUAUCAGAUUUACAGUCAACCUGACGUCUCAGUAAGAGCAAAACAUGCUUGUAUCUGUUGUGGACUCCCCUGUAAUAAAGAUUAAUACGGAUUCAGCUCAUCAUGUGACCAAUAACUCUAAAUCACACCCUUGACUUUGUUUGUUUUUUUGUCUUUCAGUUUAUCGGCGUCGUGGCUCACGCAGCUGAUUGGCGAUACGUCAGCCACGACAACGUCUGUCCCAUCCUCAGACGAAAUUCAAAUUCUGUGUUUUUAAAAAGAAGUAACACUGUGUUAAGUCACAGGGAUUUUCAAGAGUGUGUUGUACCACGUUCACCAUCUUAGUUUUACGCGUUCGCGCCACACAUAAAGUUGUGUAAUUAGUUCUGGUGUGUCCGCUUUGUCUUUUUUGGACCGCUGCGCCGACAGGCCACACAGUCUCUGACCUCACAUGCUUUUUGUGUCUCUAUCGCUCAGGGCAGUGGCUCCCAAAAAAGACGCUGCAUCAUGGGGCCCACGCUUUGCUACGUUCCCCUGUGAUCCCUCUCUUAAGGCCCAAACAGCAGCUGACGAGAUUAGAAGGGAGAGGACACACCGAUGCGCACAACACACUCCCAGCAACGCGGCAGGCCAGGAUAGAACCAGUUCAGACCGGAGAGGGUUCAUCCGAAACAGCUUCACCCGUCAAGGAUCCCCUCAACCGGACUGUGGAUCUCCAGCCAACCUCACGCGGGACGUUGUCUUUUUCUCUGAACUGCUUUGUUUUUUAGGUUUGUUCUUCUAGUUUCUCUUCUGCGUCAGUUUAAAGUCACGUUGACCGAUCUGCGGCCAUGAGCUGUUUUGGGUACCGGCGGGAGUUGAGCAAGUACGAAGAUGUCGACGAGGACGAGCUCUUGGCUUCCCUCAGCCCCGAAGAGCUGGCCGAGUUGGAAAAGGAGCUGGUGGAUAUCGAUCCGGACGCCAACGUGCCUAUAGGACUCAGACAGAGAGACCAGACGGACAAGACCCCAACGGGCACCUUCAGCAGAGAGGCCCUCAUGAAGUACUGGGAAAGCGAGACACGUAGGCUGAUGGAGGACGAGAUUUGUGGAGGAAGCUCCAAAACGGAUGAAGACCAAGAGGAGUGCGUGACAGAAGAAAACAGCGGAGAUGAGGAUGAAAAAGAUGUUGAAAACGAGAAAGAACAGAGAAAGUAUGAAGGGUUAAAGGAGAAGGAAGAGGAGGAAGAGGAGGAAGAGGAGGAAGAGGAGGAAGAAGAGGAAGAAGAGGAAAGUGAGGAGGAGGAAGAAGCUGUAACAGAGGAGGAGGAGGAGGAGGAAGAUGAUAACGAUGAAGAGGAGGACGAGCAGGAGGAACAAGACAAUAAAUCAAAAGCCGAGCCCUCAAAGGAAUCCGGGGCUCAGGCACCGGCCGACACCCCAAGGCUACUGAAGCCGCAGAGGGUGGAGCCUAUGAGACUGACCCCUCCCCCUCCACCUGCCGACCCGAAUGCGACGGGGAACCCAACCGUCGUCGACGACGCUCUCCAGCGAGCUCUCAGCAACGACCCUGAGCUCUCGGAGGUCAAUCUGAACAACAUUGAGGACAUCUCACAGGAAACCCUAAUUCGAUUUGCUGAAGCGCUGAGGUCCAACACACACGUCAGGGUCUUUAGCGUUGCGAACACCCGAGCCGACGACGCUGUGGCGCUGGCCAUCGCCAAGAUGCUGAGGGAAAACUCUUCCAUCACCAGCUUCAACAUAGAGUCCAACUACGUGAGUGGAAAGGGCGUCAUGGCGAUGGUUCAAGCCCUCCCCGGAAACAACACCCUGACGGAGCUCCGGUUCCACAAUCAGCGGCACAUGUGCGGAGGACAGGUGGAGAUGGAGAUGGUGAAGAUACUGAGGGAAAACCACACCUUGAUCAAGUUGGGCUACCAGUUCAACCUGCCCGGUCCCAGGAUGAGCAUGACGGGGAUCCUCACCAGGAACCAGGACCGCCAGAGGCAGAAACGGCUACAAGAGCAGAGGCAGCAGCAGGGCCAACAGGGGGCGCCAGAGGGGGCGGUUAACCCCCGAACCACUGCGCUGAAAGCAACACCUCGUUCAUCACCUUACAGCUCACCCAGAGCCUCUCCUUGGUCCUCACCCAAACUCCCCAGGAGCGACCUGGCUAAAAAACAGACUCCUCCCGCCCCACCGCCUCCUCCUCCACCACCACCACCUCCUCCACCCCCACCUCCUCCACCACCGCCUGCCUCGCAGCGGGGGGAGAAGAAGAAGCCCACCAGGAUGAUCGCGGAGGUCAUCAGGGCGCACGAGGCGGGCAGCAAGAAGGUGAGGAAGACGAAAGGUAAGAAGGGCAAGAAGACGGGGAAGGAGACGGGGAAGGAAGAGACGAGCAGCAUCCUGAGGGAGCUGAAGAACGCGCUGAGGCCCGUGUCGGCGGAGAGGAGGAGGGCGGGAGAGGAGGGCAGCAGGCCGUCUACGCCCGGCAGGUCGUCCCACGACCAGCUGAUGGAGUCCAUCCGCAACAGCAGUAGCCGCACACUGAAACGGGUGGAGGUCCCGCAUCAUCUACGAUAAUGAAAGCAGACAUAAAACGGGUCUACUUGUUGCCAUGGCAAUGGAAGAGUCCGCGUGACGACGAAGCUCGAGUGGUCAAAGCGCAGCACGAGAACACGUUGGGAUUGCAGAGGAGCCAGAAACUGGAUUCUGAAUCGUGAAAAAGAAAAUCUACGGGAGAUUUGCACACAUAUUUAUGCAUAAUUGGAAAUGGUAUUUGUAUAUUCAUUUUGCAAUUAGUUGAAUACACUCGUAUGUUUUGUAAUACACUAUUUUCUUGUAAAAUUGUAAAUAUGAUGGGUUGUUGGUUGACUUAUGUGUUCAUUUCUAAAUAUAGCCAUUUGGUGUUUACAAUACUCAACGGUGUACGUGGACUAUGUUUGGCCUCUUUGGUUUCUGGAUGAUUUCCAUUUAAAGAGAAAAGGGUC